AUGAAAAAGGACGCUGAAAACGAAACACUACUCUACGCAUACGAACACGAUGAUCAGAGCUCAAAAUAUUUCAUUAAACCCGACAAAAGCUAUCCGAUAGACGAUGAUGUGGAAGCUGGAAAAGCCGAAGGAAAACUGAAAGAAGUUAGCAAAUGGCCAACGAUUGUGGCGACAGUUAUGGUGGGUUUCGGCUGGCUGUCCAACGAAGUAGCACUUGCUUGGGUGCACGAACGAGUACCCUAUGACUAUCAUCCUCUUCCCGACCUCUUCUUCUCACACUUCCCAGAAAUUCGUGGAGCGAUUCGGAUAGCUGAAUACAUUAUGAUCAUUUUGCUUAUUAGUGCUUUGUUGGUGAUGUUCACACAUCAACACAGAUGGAUUGUGAUUCGACGGACGUUCUUCUGCAUCGCAAUGGCUUACUGUUUCCGGGCACUUUGUGUCACUAUCUUCCAGGUCCCUGUCCCCUCUGUGAACACUUACUGCGCUCCAAAAUCCAAUUCAUCAUUUGAACUGGUCGCUGGGAGAGUAGUCAAAAUGUUCUGGAGUGCAGGAAUCGAACAACUCCGACCAAGAGAACUUUGUGGAGAUCUGAUAGUGUCUGGACACACUCUCACCAUCUUCACAGCCUUCUUGGUUUUCAAAACCUACGCGCCGCAACGAAUUCAGCCACUCUCCCACAUCUACCAUGUUCUUGCAUUUACCGCCUUGUUCUCCAUUCUUCUAGCCAGAAAGCACUAUAUGAUCGAUAUAGUGUUAGGAUACACAGUAUCCACUAGAGUCUUCAUGGAAUAUCACGCCCUCGCUGCUUCCUAUCAUAAUGGAACUUUCGAGAAUAAUCCACUUUCUUGGUCCUGGUGGUCCGUCUUGGUACCAUAUUUCGAAUCCGAUGCCCCAUCAAACUUCCACAACCAUCUACUCCUUUACAACCGGUCGACAACUAGAAUUGGUGCUAAAAACGUGUCAGUUAAGAAAAGAUCUUUUGAAUAG